GCGCUCGCGCUGCUGGAGCUGCGGUCACGAGCCUUCUCCAGUAUCCGAGCUCCGAAGUGGAGGCUGGACAAUCCGAACGGCAUCCCAUCCGCCUAACCGCGCCGAUCCGUCCGUGAGGCCGCUCCCCAGCGCAGGGCAGUGUGGCAGGGCAGUGUGGCACGUCUGCGGCGCCUGGUCCGGUAGUGCUGAUCCGCGCAGCGGUGAUGUAUGCAUCCUUUCAAGGAUACUGCUAGGCAGCUAGCUAGCUAGCUGGUAGUCUAGCUUUGCAGUGCGUGACUGAAACUAUUCCUGUUUGUUUCGCGUUAAUUCCACAUCUCCUCUUUCCUGUAACCCACUCUAAAGACACGGACGGUGUAGGAUCGGCAUCAGGCCCAUACACAGCCUGUGCCCCUGUUAUCCCAGCCCGGAGGAAUUGAAUGAAAUAGCUGCGGUAGCUAGCGGAAACGGACUGUUAAAGGGGAAACGGCUGGAGCAGAGCUGUCCGUCAGUAAGCCUCCCUCCACUACUCUACCUGUGACAAACCCGCGGACUAACCCUCGGACACGGGACAAGCCCAGGCCUGCGCCACAGGACCGCUCCUGGAGCCACUGACAGCGGUACACCGACACCAGUUCCCGGAGAAGAGCCCGUAAGGACGGACAGAAGCCGCCAACAUGCCCGCUGUGUCCAAAGGAGACGGAAUGCGCGGAUUAGCCGUGUUUAUCUCAGACAUCAGAAACUGUAAGAGUAAAGAAGCUGAGAUUAAAAGGAUAAACAAAGAGCUGGCUAACAUCCGCUCUAAGUUUAAGGGCGACAAAGCUCUGGAUGGCUACAGUAAGAAGAAGUAUGUGUGCAAGCUGCUCUUCAUCUUCCUCCUCGGCCAUGACAUCGACUUUGGACACAUGGAAGCCGUCAACCUGCUCAGCUCCAACAAGUACACGGAGAAGCAGAUCGGUUACUUGUUCAUCUCUGUGCUGGUGAACAGUAACAGCGAGCUCAUCCGCCUCAUCAAUAACGCCAUCAAGAAUGACCUGUCCAGCCGCAAUCCCACCUUCAUGUGCCUGGCCCUGCACUGCAUCGCCAACGUGGGCAGCCGUGAGAUGGCAGAGGCCUUCGCCAGCGAGAUCCCACGCAUCCUGGUGGCUGGAGACACCAUGGAUAGUGUGAAACAGUCAGCUGCCCUGUGUCUACUGCGCCUCUACAAGACCUCUCCAGACCUGGUGCUGAUGGGAGAGUGGACCUCACGAGUGGUGCACCUGCUCAACGACCAGCACAUGGGUGUUGUGACAGCAGCCAUCUCUCUGAUCACCUGUCUGAGCCAGAAGAACCCAGACGAGUUCAAGACUUGUGUGUCCCUGGCCGUGUCCAGACUGAGCAGGAUUGUGUCCUCAGCCUCCACAGAUCUCCAGGACUACACGUAUUACUUUGUGCCGGCCCCAUGGCUCUCCUGUAAGCUCCUACGCCUGCUGCAGUGCUACCCGCCACCUGAAGAUGGUGCUGUGAAGGGCCGUCUGGUGGAGUGUUUGGAAACCAUCCUUAACAAGGCCCAGGAGCCCCCCAAAUCCAAGAAAGUGCAGCACUCCAACGCAAAGAAUGCCAUUUUGUUUGAGGCAAUCUCACUCAUCAUCUAUGACAGUGAGCCCAACCUGCUGGUACGGGCCUGUAACCAGCUGGGCCAGUUCCUUCAGCACCGGGAGACAAACCUGCGCUACCUGGCUUUGGAGAGCAUGUGCACCCUGGCCAGCUCCGAGUUCUCCCACGAGGCUGUGAAGACCCAUAUUGAGACUGUCAUCAAUGCCCUCAAGACUGAGCGAGAUGUGAGCGUACGGCAGCGGGCAGCUGACCUGCUCUACGCCAUGUGCGACCGCAGCAACGCCAAGCAGAUUGUGGCUGAGAUGCUCAGCUACCUGGAAACUGCAGACUACUCCAUUAGGGAGGAGAUGGUGCUCAAAGUGGCCAUCUUGGCAGAGAAGUAUGCGGUGGACUACUCGUGGUACGUAGACACCAUCUUGAACCUGAUCCGGAUCGCUGGAGACUAUGUGAGUGAGGAGGUGUGGUACCGCGUCAUCCAGAUUGUCAUCAACCGCGAUGAUGUGCAGGGUUACGCUGCCAAGACUGUCUUUGAGGCUUUGCAGGCUCCUGCAUGUCAUGAGAACAUGGUCAAAGUUGGGGGUUAUAUUCUGGGGGAGUUUGGAAACCUCAUUGCUGGAGACCCUCGCUCCAGCCCACUGGUCCAGUUCAACCUCCUCCACUCUAAGUUCCACUUGUGCUCCGUGCCCACCCGCGCCCUCCUGCUCUCGGCCUACAUCAAGUUCAUCAACCUCUUCCCAGAGACCAAGGUGACCAUCCAGGAGGUCCUGCGCUGUGACAGUCAGAUCCGGAACUCUGAUGUGGAGCUGCAGCAGCGCGCUGUGGAGUACCUCAAACUCUCCUCUAUCGCCAGCACAGAUGUCCUGGCCACAGUCCUGGAGGAAAUGCCCCCUUUCCCUGAGCGGGAGUCCUCUAUUCUAGCAAAGCUCAAGAAGAAGAAGGGCCCUGGAGCAGUGUCUGUGACAGAGCUGGACGACAGUAAACGAGAGGGAGGAGAGCUCAAUGGAGGAGGAGAGCGGACGGCCGACACAGCUGCCAUGGCUGCCUCCAACGCAUCUACCCCGUCGCCCUCAGCCGAUCUCCUGGGUAUCCGCUCCUCUGCACCCAUGGGUGCUCCCCCAGCUGCUGCAGGGAGUUUGUUGGUGGAUGUGUUUUCUGAGGCUGGGCCGGCCGCUCCUGCUGCUGCUGUAAAUAACGACGGCUUCCUCAGCUCCUCUGCUCCUCCCUCUGAGGAUCCUGCUCCUCCUCUGCCUGACGCUGACGAACUCCUCAACAAGUUUGUGUGCAAAAACAACGGCGUUCUGUUUGAGAAUCAGCUCCUGCAGAUCGGUAUCAAGUCAGAGUAUCGGCAGAAUCUGGGCAAGAUGUACCUCUUCUAUGGGAACAAGACGUCUGUGCAGUUUGCCAGUUUCAGCACCACUGUGAGCUGUCCAGGAGAGCUGCAGUCUCAGCUGAACGUCCAGUCUAAACCGGUGGAGCCCCUGGUGGAGGGAGGAGCUCAGAUCCAGCAGGUCCUGAACAUCGAGUGUCUGUCUGACUUCUCAGACGCCCCGCUGCUCAACAUCAAGUUCAGGUAUGGAGGAGCUCUACAGAAUCUGACCCUCAAACUCCCUGUCACCAUCAACAAGUUCUUUCAGCCAACGGAGAUGAACUCACAGGACUUCUUCCAGCGCUGGAAACAGCUCAGCCAGCCUCAGCAGGAAGCCCAGAAGAUCUUCAAGGCCAACCACGGCAUGGACACAGAGGUCAUCAAGGCUAAGUUGCUGGGGCUCGGGUCGGCCCUGCUGGACAACGUGGAUCCAAACCCAGAGAACUACGUGUGUGCCGGAGUCAUCCAGACCAAAGGCCAGCAGGUGGGCUGUCUGCUCAGACUGGAGCCCAACGCCCAGGCACAGAUGUACCGUCUGACCCUGCGCUGCAGCAAAGAGUCGGUGUCCAAGCGCCUGUGUGAGCUCCUGUCCCAGCAGUUCUGAAGCGCCCUCCUCCCCUCCCUCCUCAGAGUCUAUAAGUAAAGAAUUCUGUACAUGACAUAAGGGAAAGGCAGCCCCUGCUCGCUGCGGCGGCCAUAUAACUCUCAUCGCUCUCCCACCUUUUUGGAUUUCCAUUCUUUCUCUAUCAAUAUUGGACAUUCUGUUUUUGUUGGUGUUUACUGGUGUGUGUGCCCGGAGUGUGCGUGUGUGGCCCCGCCCCCACCCCAACCCUCACUGCAUAAAGAAAUCUAUUAUCCAUGAGUUUAAAUGACUUGAAUUCAAAAUAUUGCUCUUGUUUGAGUAAUUUUGACUAGUUUAAUUUCAUUUAGUUGGAAGAUUUCUUUCAUUUACAUUUCAAAAUAUUUCAGAUUUCAACAUUAUUUUAUCAUUUCUAGGCAAAAUUAUUAAGCCAAUGGAGAUUUUUUUAAAGAGAUUUUUUGUUUUUGUUUUCCAAGUGCAAUUUUGUUACUAUAAAUGACAAAGAAACAUACUUUUUGGUAGAUAAUUUUGUCUUGAAUUAACUGAACGUAAAGCCAGCCAGAAAAUGUAAUUCAAAACAGUAAUUUAAACGAGUCAAAACUGCUCAAAUGAAGAAAAACGGAGAACAUCCAAGUCCUUUCCUCCCUUUACGUAUACGUUUUGCAGUGUCAGUUAGCGUGCUUGUACCCAGCUAAACAUUCCUCCUGAAGUGAAUGGGACACAUCUCUUCCGCACACACGCACUUAUCCCCCGAAGCUGCCCCGCACUCGCAGAAGCACUCAGACCACGGCCACGGCCACCCGCCCUCUAAGUCCUCCCAAACGAGUCUUUAUUCCCGCGUGGUUCCACUAGUGUAAAUAUGUGCCAGUAUACAGGACUUAGUCACAUUCCGAUGAGGUGGCGUGCGGGGACAGCGCUCGGGUUUCAAAUGAAGGAGCUCCCAUGUUUUUUGGGGUUUGGGCAUCCAUUCCACUGUUGAUUUCAAAUGGCACUAUCCGACCUGGACCACACUGCAAAAAAUGAAACUCGAACAUGGCUUAAAAUGACGUCAGGAUAGUUAUGUUCAUUUGAAUUGGUGUAACUUGUAUAGCUUUGUGAUUGAACUUAAUUUUUUUUUAACUUGUUUGAACUUGUUUACAUUGUGUUUUAUUUCAAGAUCAUUAUCUUCUAAUGGGGUAAGGAAAUAACUCUUGUCCCAUUGGUUGCACUGCAAAAAGCAACUGUCUUUAAUAUGUUAAAAAUGGAUAAAUAGUUUUAGUUUAGUUUUUUUUUUUUUUUUUAAUCAUGAUUUGAGUAGAUUUUCACUAAUCCUGAAAUGAGAUUGCCAAAGAAACAAGCAACAUUUCAUUUGUUGCUCUUCAAAUGAAAAAAAAAAAAAAAAAACUUUUGGCAAAUCUUAUUUCAAAACAAAGUAUAAAAUGUUCUCAAAUCUAAAUUUAAAUGCUGAAAUAAUCUCAGAAAUAAUCUAAACAAAACUAUUUUCCUCAAAUCAAGAUAAAUAUUCUGGUUAAUGCUAUAUCAUGUAACUUUACUAGUGAGGGGUCCUUCACUCACUUGUAUCCAUGGAGAUGUUAACAAUUCCGUUGUAGGUGAUUGCUCAAAAAUAUCAUGGUUAUAAACAGGUGAACAGGGUCGCCUCUCCACAGAUCUAACCUGUAACUUGACCUCUCCCUCUUUACGUUUAAAGCUAUACUGUGGAACAUUCCAGGCAAAUCAUUAAUAUGAACAUGGACAGAAGCAAGUGAACAGGCCUGUGCUGUAUUCUUUUAUUCUUGGAUAUUCGAUAUUGCUGUUAAGAACUGUGGUAUUUACAUUAUUGUGAUUUUCAAAUACACUUUUAGACACAAUGAUUUCAGUUAAAACACAAAACUUCAUGCUUUAGUUUAUUAAUGACACUUGACGAAAACAAAACACUACUAAUUUGGACUUAAUGAGGUAAACCAGUUCACUAACAUCAUUACAGUGCACAUAUGGGGUGCGAUAUCAAUUACUGUGCCAGUCGAUAUUUUUACGAUAUAUUGUGCAGCCCUACAGUGAAGGCCCCUCUGCAGGAAGGUUCCAUAGUGCAGUUUUAAGCCAUGUCAACGGUGUAGCUGAUCGUUUUUUGCAGUGCUUGGGAGCGUCGAUUCCACAGGUUGUUCAUUUCAGCGUGACGUUUUGUGUGUGCGCGUGCGUGUGAUUACGAUAUGAACUGGACUCUUUCUGACAAACGCGUGCUGACGCUGUUCUACUGUGGGGCUGCAGAGAAUCAUAGGACAUGUAAAGUGCUAGUGUAAACUGUAGUCUCCCGUGUCGUGUGCGUGAGUGCGUCUGUGCGUUCGUGUCUAUGCAGUUACCAUAGCGACCGCAGCCUCCCGUAUUGGUGUUCAGACCUGUCCAAUACAUGUGUUAGAAUUAAGAUUUACUCUGUAAUGAAAAAAUGUGAAGUAAAAAUCUGCCAUAUAGUCA